AUGAUGAAUUUCCCAAUUAUCAGCUUGGAGAGAAUCAAUGGUGAAGAGAGGAAAGAGACCAUGGAAAAAAUAAAAGAUGCUUGUGAGCAUUGGGGAUUCUUUGAGUUAGUGAAUCAUGGCAUACCUCAUGACCUAAUGGACACAUUGGAGAGGUUGACAAAAGAGCACUAUAGGACAUGCAUGGAGCAGAGAUUCAAGGAAUUUGUAUCAAGCAAAGGCCUAGAUGCUGUCAAAAAUAAGGUUAAGGAUGUGGAUUGGGAGAGCACCUACCACGUUCGCCACCUUCCGGAAUCAAACAUUUCAGAGAUCCCUGAUCUCAGUGAUGAAUACAGGAAGGUGAUGAAGGAAUUUGCUUUAAGGUUAGAGAAACUAGCAGAAGAGCUUUUGGACUUGUUAUGCGAGAAUCUAGGACUAGAGAAAGGGUACCUCAAAAAGGCUUUCUAUGGAUCAAAAGGACCAAGUUUUGGAACAAAGAUAGCCAACUAUCCUCAGUGUCCCAAUCCAGAGCUGGUGAAGGGUCUUCGCGCUCACACUGAUGCUGGUGGGAUCAUCCUUCUCUUCCAGGAUGACAAAGUCAGUGGCCUACAGCUUCUCAAAGACGGCGAGUGGGUUGAUGUUCCCCCAAUGCGCCACUCCAUUGUAGUCAACCUCGGGGAUCAGCUUGAGGUUAUAACAAAUGGUAAGUACAAGAGUGUGGAGCACCGUGUGAUAACACAAACUAAUGGAACAAGAAUGUCCAUAGCCUCAUUCUACAACCCUGGCUUUGAUGCUGUAAUCUACCCUGCUCCAAAAUUGUUGGAAAAAGAAACAGAAGAAAAAAAUAACUUGUACCCAAAAUUUGUGUUUGAAGAAUACAUGAAGAUUUAUGCUGGUUUGAAAUUCCAUGCUAAGGAACCAAGAUUUGAAGCCUUGAAAGGAUCAAAUGAAAAUUUGGGUCCAAUUGCAAUUAUUUAA